AAGGACAACCUUAUAUUUCACUACGUGCAUCCCUAUUUAUUCGUGGGUUAAAUAUUGGGCGCUUUUACGACACUAACGAUGGUUUAAGCCGGGAUUUCGGGUAAAUUGGCCGGCCAGGCUCGCAGAGAAUGGAGGGGCAACGCCGUCGCCGUGCCGUUGUUUGCUGUACGUGCCGCCGCACAGGGAGACGUCAUUUUGAGGGGGAGCGGAGAGUUAAAAUGCAGAGUUACGAAGGGACGUACGGUUCAGAGACAAGCGGCACGUAACCGUCACACUGUAAAUGCAAAGCUAUAACCGUCUCGAUGAACAAACUGGACAGCUCUAAUACAAAAGCGGCCCCUCUCUGCAGUCUACUCUGAGUGCGAUGGCGACCAAUGACGAGGUCACGAUGUCCAUGGCCGAAGUGGUGAUGGUGAAGACUGACGGUGAAGAGGAUCCGAACGACCCAAACAAAACUCAGGUCAUCCUCCAGCUCCAGCCUAUCACGACAGGAGAUGAAUCUGCAGAGACAGAUGCAGCUGUCAUGGCCGUUGAAGCACAUCAAGAACAAACUGAUGGAGAGGAUGUGGAGAUUGGCUGUCCCAUAACAUGCGGCGACUGUAAAGCUGUGCUGCUCGUGAAGAAAUUUGUGUGUCCAGGAAUCAACGUGAAAUGUGUGAAGUAUGAAGACCAGCUGAUUAGCCCAAAGCAGUUUGUGCACAUUUCUGGAAAAGCCACUCUGAAGGACUGGAAGAGAGCCAUCAGGAUGGGAGGAGUCAUGCUAAGAAAAAUGAUGGAUUCUGGUCAGCUGGACUUCUACCAACACAGCACACUUUGCACCAACACGUGUCGCAGCACCAAGUUUGACCUUCUGAUCAACAACACACGGUUCCCUCCUGAUGGCACGGGGCUGAACACGCCAACGUCCUCGCAGGCUCAAGUGGUUCUGGGUAACGGCGCGGCUGUGGGCGAGGACAGAGUCGAGGUCCUGAGCGGGAAGGUAGACUGGAGCUCGCUGGAGUCUGCAGACAAGAAGGAGUCUAAUGAGAUCUCAGAGGACACGCUGAACUUCUGGAAGGGGAUCGCUGACGUGGGUUUGCUGGGUGAAGUGGUGACUAACAUCAGCACGGUGCUGCAGGAGCUGCUGAGCGGUGUGCAGCAGCGCAAAGAACCAGCAGCUCUACAGGAAACAGAUUCCUGUCUGGUAGAGGUGGCAGUGCUCAGUAACCUCGCCCAGGUGUUCGGUCUGCUCGACCUGGUGAAAGAGAUGCUGGAGAGGAGGAGGCAGCAGACGGAUCCCUGUCAGGAGCAGAUCCUCAGCACGCUCACCAAUCUGGAGGUGCAGCUGGAAGAGCAGAGGAAGCAGCAGCAGGUGCGGGCUCUCUUGUCCUGCCCUCAGCCUGCCAAAAACAAAAAUCCCACCAAACGUCAGACCAAGAGGCCUCGUCUCCAGAGACCUGCCUCCACCACCACCCUCCUGACCUCCCCCAUCAGUCAGCAGGCCACCCUGCAGCCACAGCAGUUCACCGUUCUCUCCCCCAUCUCUCUGUCCUCUGUGGGUCAGCCGUUCACCAUGGCCGGCCUGCCCAUCGCCUCCCUGGCCCAGUCCUCCAACACGGUCACCCUGCUGCCCGCCGGCUCACAGCUCUUCACCCGCUACAUGGUGGCUGGGGACGGUAAGGGGGACACCAUCACCUUGCACCCGUCCUCAGGCCUCACGUUGGUGGGCACCACCCCCAUGCAGGACUCCAGCCAGCUGGGCACAAUGGUGAGCCCCUUAGAGCUGGUGCACCUGAGCCAGCAAGCCGGGGGGACGGAGAUGGUGCCCAUAGAAGGCCAGGUGGUGGAUGGCACCAUGCUGGUGCAGCAGGAGGUCAUGCAGGGGGAGGUGGAGGCCGGCCAGGAGCACACAGUCAUCGAGAUUAAUCCGGCCCCCAUGGAGCAGACGGUGGGAGUGAUGGAGCUACAGCUGAGCGGGGACUCGGGCAGAGAGGGGGCCGCCAUGAUGGUCCAGAGCGGGAUGGAGGUGACGAUGGCUGCAGGGGUAGAGGAGACACAGUGCCAAAUGCAGGAGGGUCAGACUGAGGGGGUUCAGGGUCUGCAGCUGGAUGCCAGCGGACAGUUGUCAGGUGUACAGAUAGUAGUGAUAGAAGAAAACACUCAGGAAGAAAACAAGGUCAAAUGAGACACGCCUCCUGUGUCAUCCAGCAGAGCAGGACUCAAUGAGCUUGCAUAGACUUGUCAAACUGUAAAUACACACAAUUUCCAAAUCCACAACUCAACUUGGUCUCGAGCGAGCUCUAGGGUAGCCAUUUCUCCUCUUACAGUGUGUGUGUGUGUUGAUGCUCCUCUGAACUCCUGGAUGAUUUGAAACAAAGAAGCAUUGAAACAAAGAGUGUACUGUAUGCUUGUGUUUGAAGGUAUUUAAACGAUAACUCUGGUUUUUGAUGAUCUGAGUGAAAGUCUGUUAUUUGGCAUCAUCUCUGGCUCUAAAUGUGACGUGGAGCUCUCCAGGUCGGCUGCUGAGAUGUGAGAAAACUGUAUGCACACAGUUUUCCCUGAGCAGUGAUGAGUGAACAUUUAUGUCCUUUUUUUCAUUUAAUCUAUGAUUUUACGACAACAAGCUUCACGUUGGUUUUAUUUAACUUUGCAGGCUUUUAUGUGGCAAUAACUUGAAAGAUGUGGACUUUGAUUGAAAGCUUUAACGUGCCAUCGGACAGCUGGCGAGGUAUGUCCACAAAGAAGUUCUUGUUUUGGCCUCUGAACGGCUCAGAUCUUUAUUCCUGAUGUUUGACAUCAUAGAAUAGAUCCUUGGUUAAACAGAUCAAUAUGUUAAGAUAUGAUAAUUAAUUCAACCAGAAACAAAAGUCUCAUCCCUCUUUUCAAAGCCACUACACGCUUCAUUGACAAAAACAGAUGUUUUACUUCACAGAACAAAGCUGUAGUGUUGCUUGUUUACUCCUUCCCUGAUUGGUUCAAAUGUAGUCAUUGAAAGGAUUAGUGAUUGUCAGCAACACAAUGAGGAAAACAAACUGUACAGCAAACUCUCUUUGCUUUUCAAUUUAAAGUCUGGUGGCUUUGACGACAGUGAUGUACCUGCAAGAACUCAAAACUAAGCAAGUGUUUAUGUCUCAUUUCAGGUCAAAAAUAUCUUCUUAGACUUAAAAUAAGCCACACUCAUCUGAGAAGCCAAGAGAAACGUCUUAUUUGAAGAUCAUACAAGCCAUAAUUAAGGCCUGAAUUGCAUCUAAUGAGUAAAACAAAUUCUGUCAAUGGAAUAAGACAAGUGUACUUGUUAAGUUUCUUGAAUUAAAACAUUAUUCUUAUUUCAAUAAACUUUAAUGGUACAUUUUGCUGAUUCCAUUGGCAGAUUUUUUUGCUCUUUACAAGCAAUUCAGGUCUUAUUUAAGGCUUUUAGUAUCUUAAAAUAAGACAUUUUUCUGGACUUGUUUGGAGAAUGUGGCUUAUUAAGUCUAAAAAGACAUUUUAUACUAGAAAUAAGAUACUUAGUGUAUAUCUGUAGACUCCCUGUCUUUGACCACAUCGGACCCUGAAUAAUAAUCAGAACCUGUCCGUGGUCUUUAAAAGGUCCUGUGUGGUUCAGAAGCAGAACUGGUCCAAAGUGAUGUUAGCAACAGGAACCCCAAACUAAGGUCAUAUGAACAAAAAGCUGUGGACCGGUCCCGAUGUCCCCUAAUGUCAGCGAUCCCCUCGGUCAGUGAAGUGUCAUCAAAUCUACAGAAACGAUGCACACCCCGAGUUGUAACUACUUAAGCCUCUAUGAACAACCAUAGGACUAGAGUAAGAAGUAAGAAGUGUUCACGCAGGGCUCAGCAGCUUUCCUGUUUCACCCUGAAGCAGCCGGCUGUGUGAGCUCUCUGCUGCCGAUCACACUCUCUACCAGUAAGUGUUUGUCACCUGAGGCUGGGAUUUAUUGCACUGUCUGUUGUGUCGUAGCAUCGCGUUGAAGCUGUAUUGUUUUUGCACUGUCCUGUUAGGACUACAGGAGGAUGUUUGCAAAGAUGCCUGCUCUCCCGACCUUCCUUUUAGAAAUCAGUUUUUAUUUCAGUGUGUAGUUCAAAGGAAGCGGACUGAACUGCUCUCACUGGAAACGCGUCGCUUUGGCACUUACUUUCACAGUGGUCUCUCGCCUCCUGAUUUCACUCACAUUUCUUUUCUAUAUUGUGACUGUGUUUCUUGAUUUCUUCAUGAUAGACUGCGUGAGCUACUGGGCUGACUGUUUGAGUCGAUAUAUGAAAACAAAAAUGUAAAAAUACUAAAUGUCAAACUCUUGUAUGUCUGUAUUUUACACUUGUAAAAAGGUGUCAUAUUUAUUAGUUUCCAAACCUCCUGGUUCAGGUGCAGACAUGGUUUAAUUUAUGCUAGUUCACAUCAACAAAGACCUGUUCACAGCUUGUGCAUUUUCAGUCAUUUAAUUUAACAAAUGAGAGUAUUUGCAUACUGACUUUGUAAUGUGUUUUAAUAUCAGAUUAAAACAGAGAAAACAGAACAUGGAA